UCUGGGAAUAGUGCGAGGCAACAGUUGGAUGGUUUUAUAGGAUGUGAGACAUGGGAUCACUCUAGCCUCCAUAAUGCCAGCGAUAGUCGGUUGUAGACCAGGGCUGGGCCAGACCGUUGCGGAUGAUCUCCCUAUGAAGCAGCCCAAUGGGUUGUGGAUAUACCCCAGCAAUAUUCCGGCACUCGCAUCGUCAAGUUCUAGGCCUUGGAGAGUAUUCACCGACAGACUGUCUCUCGAUCUCGUUGCCUCCAGCAGCCAUUGUCCUCAACUGGAUGCGGAUGUGCAGAUGUUGGACUGAUGACUCAAUCUUUCGCUGUAUACUUGGGCCGCUUCCGUUGAUAGCAUCGGCAGUAAAUAGGCAAAAUAAUUCCAUUGCUCAAGCCGGAUGUCGCAGUGGAGACGCACUUAAGCUUAGCUACAAGACUAAGGCCAGCACAAGCCUCAGCCGACAGGCGCUCGCUAACCAGAUCGUAUAUCGUAUUUGCGCCAGUUGUGAAUGGGUGCCCAUGAGACUUGGUUUCCAGUGGCAAGCAGCAGGUGGCCAUGGGGCUGAAAUGUUCCUUAUGCAUCGACUGCAAGGCAAAACUCCAUCGGGCUGGAUCAGGCUCCGGUAUAGAGGAGUAUAGCUCGUAACCUGAGAGUCUCGGUUAAGUCUCCUGCUCUUGGAUACUUUCGAUGCUGUCUUUCGAAUGUAAGUGAAGGUUGGUCUUUUUU